AUGUUCUCCUCGGGAGUUAAGGAGAUUGCGGAAUGUGUUCUUUGUGGUGAUGGGAUCCUGUCGAGUAUAGAAACUGAGAAGUACGCGAGAGCUGGAGCUGUCAAAAGAACACUUGUGCAUUUCAUCGCAAAGGAAAAAAUUAACAAUAUUGCCUGCAAUAUUCGAGUGCUGGAUUGCUGCGGUUGUGCUGAGAGAUCAUGUGAACGACGCCAACCUUUGUUGAUGUUCCCCGCUGUUACGCACUCACUGGUCUAUCCUGUGGUAAUCACCAGAGGGCCAUCGUUUCCACUUUGGUUGCUGUUCCUACUAAUUCCGCUUUUAUUAAUAUGUCUCUUAUCGCUGUGUCUCAUACCAUUCCUCGUGAUGAGACAGCGACGGAAAGCUGCAAAGACAGAGGCCUUUGAGAAGAGCAGAGGAAUAGGAGUUGAAACCGAGAAAACGGUAGUGAAAGAUACAGGUGUCGGCUGCAAAAACGUACAUCUUGAUAAUGGUGCAUUUUAUCGUGUCAGACCCGCUGUAGCAGUUGAAGACCAAGAACCAAUAACACGAACAACGGAAGUAUUCGCCAAAGAACAGCGAAGAGUGUGUGUCACUCCAGAGGAAGAUUCGUUCAGAACAGCGUUUAAUGGAGUAAGGGAGAGAGCCAGAUCAACAGAAGCUGAUGCAAUAAGUGCCGCAAAUUUCCACGACCAUGCAGUCUCAACUGACAGCUCUAGCUACAGAAACUAUGCAUACCAACGGGACAUUGGAGGAGUGGCACCAGUCGAAGGUUUCGACCGAGUUGAAACGAGAGAGAGGCGAUAUUGCUUGAGCGAUGAUGAGAACUACGAGCUAGUAGAGAAGGACGUGAAAAGAACUCACACAUCAAGAUUCUUGCAAGAGAGUCGCCAAAUCAACGAUGACGAUCACAGCUCAGUCGGAGAACGAUAUCGCGAAGAAGACGUCCAUCACGCCGUUUACUCGCAAAGUGUGCCAGUGUAG